AUGGCUGAUUCGUCUAAGUUUCAUACCGCUCUCACCAUCACCAACAUCAAGUCUCUUGUUCCUGUGACAUUAGACAAUGAGCAAAAUCUUCUUCCUGCUAUUCUCAAGCGUAAUGACACAGCCGAGAAAGCAUGGAAACGUCUUGAAGCCCUUUUUCAGGACAACAAAGCCUCUCGGGCUACCCAUCUUGAGGAGGACUUUACAAAUGCCCUUUUCGAAGAGCAUAACUCGAUUGAUAAUUACUGUAAUUAUCUUCAAUCUAUUGCAGACAAACUAGCGGAUGUCGAUGCUCCGGUGACUAAUGGUCGUCUAGUUCUACGUCUCACCAGUUCCCUACCGGAUGCGUAUAGUGGUACAGUUGAUUUUAUACAAAAUCAAGAACCUUUACCUUCCUUUGAAAGUUGUCGUUCGAGGUUGAAGAUGGCUGAGCGUACUAUCAAAGCUCGUAAUGCUCGUGAAAAUGGAGGGUUUGGGGGUCGUACAAGCACUUCUGCCUUACUUGCCUCUGACUCGUCGAAUGCGGCUAAUUCGUCUUCAAGCACCAAAAGAAACAACAACUACAAGGGUAAAGGCUAUAAGAAGAACAAUGGAAGGAGAAAGGCACAAAAUAGUUCUGGUGGGCCUGGCCCCAGUCAGCAGCCACCUCAACAAGGGGGGCCACAGUCGCAGCAGCCACGUCAGCAAGGCCCAACACAGUGGCCACAAUGGAAUCCUACGUGGGGUGGGUGGACAAUACCCCCAUGUCCUAUGCCUGCUUACUCUUGGCAGCCUAGGCCAAAUUACAUGGCCCAAAGACCUACUGGGCCUGGAGUUCUUGGGCCUAGACCUCAAGCAUACAAUGCAGUGGCUCCUUUUUCUGCUCCAUCUUCUUCUAGCUACGCACCAACGGACAUCGAGGCUGCUAUGCAAGCUCUUUCGUUUCCUCAACCCGAUGGAAACUAUUACAUGGAUACCGGUGCUACAUCUCACAUGACGGCGGAUGCAGGUAUUCUCUCUUCUUAUUUUAAUUCAAGCAAUAAGCAUCAUAACAUUAUUGUUGGUAGUGGUCAUUUAAUUCCAAUUAUUGGUCACGGUCGCACUAAUUUGCCCCCACCUUACCCACCAUUUACCCUAAACAAUGUGUUACAAAGGAAGUAA